ACCAUGACUUUGUUUGCUAUACUGUUCCCCUUAAUAACUUUGUUGCAGGAGAGUCGCAUCAGAAUGACUGUCAUAUAGCCAGGAUGAGGUACAUGCUCUGGGUUGUUUCCAUGUACCUGUGGGUUCUGUCACUGUUUCUCAAUGGCUACCAGACACAUGUGCUAGAGCAAAAUGUGCUGGAGGAUGUCAGGCUACUGGCUGGUCCUUUAAUAAACCAGCAAUCAAGAAAAGAUGGGGUGAACAGUGCCUUCGACUGCACUACAGCGUCUCCACCAGACGGAUCCAGAGGCUACUUUGAGUACCUCCAAGGUAAGGGGGUAACCCACUUCAAGGUGCCCCUGUCCUGGGCUCAGCUCCUGCCCACAGGACUCCCAAGCCAGCCCCAGCCAGCUGUAGUGAGAUGCUACAAGGCCUUGUUGAACCAGCUGGUGGAGGUAGGUCUCCAACCUCUGGUUAUCCUUCAUGGUUCUACUGUACCAGAAGAGCUGAGGAGGAGGUACGGGGGCUGGGAGAGCCCUGAGCUGGGGCAGGUGUUUCAACAGUAUGCAGAGUUUGCCUUCCUGGAGUUUGGCGAUCUAGUGCAGUCCUGGGUGACACUGAAUCGCCUGGAUGAGCUGAAGAGUGCCGAACUCCAGAAUGCACUCCAUGCUCACGCCAGUGCCUACAACCGUUACCAUGAAUUGUUUCCUGGGAAAGUGAGACGUUUAUCAGUUGGAUUUGGAACGAGUGCUGCAUACAUAAUCUCUGAAUUCAGUAUGCCUACAAGGACAGAUUUCUUGUCACUACACUUUGAAUAUGACUGUACCUCUCAAACAAACCUUUACAAGGAGUUGAGCACAAUACAGCAUUCCAUUGGGAGGACACCUUUACUGAUAAACAACAUGACUGUUCUGGAAUGUUCUUCAGAUAAACUACAGCCCCUUGGCCGCCUAUUAAAAGUUCUGAAACAAAAUGACCUGAUUAUCAUGGGAUUUGACAUGGAGGAGAUGGUCAGAAUACUUGAAACGGAUGACAUACAGAAAAGUAGAGUGCUAUACCACCCAGGAAUAGCAACCAGUUAUCAGAAUGUGUGGGAUAAGUUUGAUGACCAGAUCACAUCAAACCGAGAUCUUCUCUGGAAUGAAACUUUCCCUGAUGGCUUUCAAUGGGCCACGUCCAGCGAUUCCUUCAAGGUAGAAGGGGGCUGGUCAGAAGAAGGGAAAGGAGAGACCAUUUGGGAUCGCUUCGGACAUGAAAACAAAGUGUUUGAAAAUCAGACGGCAGAUCUGGCUUGUGACAGCUACCAUAAGAUUGACUAUGAUCUCUACCUCCUUCGCGGUUUACAUGUCAACACCUACCAGUUUUCCAUCUCCUGGGCCCGUCUGUUCCCUCAUGGCCACCAGGGGAGCCAUUCUGAGAAAGGAGCUCUUUACUACGACAAGCUGAUCAAUGCUCUGAUUGAGUCUGGCAUACGGCCUGUUGUCACCCUACACCCCGGGGACCUGCCACAGGCCCUCCAGGACUUGGGUGGAUGGACCAACCCUUCCAUUGUGGAAGCCUUCAGGGAAUAUGCAGACUUCUGCUUCUCCAGGUUUGGAGACAGAGUGAAGGUCUGGAACACGUUCAGUAGCCCCUGGGUGGUGAGCCAUGCUGGGUAUGGAACCGGUGAGCAUCCCCCUGGGAUUAAGGACUACGUGGUUGCCUCCUACCAGGCCACCCACAACAUGCUGAAGUCUCAUGCUGAGGCUUGGCAUGUCUACAACGAUAAACACAGGAAGGCACAGGGUGGAAAGGUGGGCAUCGCCCUGAACUCUGACUGGGCAGAGCCUUUGGAUCCCUCCAGACCUGAAGACGUAGCAGCUGCAGAACGCUACCUGCAGUUUAUGCUAGGCUGGUUUGCCCACCCCAUAUUUGUAGAUGGGGAUUACCCUGCAUUACUCAAAGCUCAGAUUGAACAGAAGAGAAAAGCAUGCCCCCUCUCUGAACCUGCCAGACUCCCAGUCUUCACUGCAGAUGAGAGUUGGAGGAUCAAUGGUACAGCCGACUUCUUUGGCUUGAACCAUUAUACCUCCCGUUUAAUCAACAACAGUGUUGGUGGCUGCACGUGUGGCCCAAAUGGGGUUGGGGACUUUCAGGCCCAUGUAGAUCCCUCAUGGUCCUCUACAGCAUCUGACUGGAUCUAUUCUGCACCAAUGGGCCUUAGAAGACUGUUAAACUUCAUCUCAGCUGAGUACCUAGAUGUCAGCAAGUUGCCUAUCUACAUUACUGGAAAUGGAAUGCCUACUGAGUACAGUGGGGACACACUCAGUGACACCAGUCGAAUAAAUUAUAUUCAGAGUUAUGUCAAUGAGACAUUGAAAGCUAUCCAUAUUGAUAGGGUGAAUGUACAGCGUUUUACCGUUCAGUCUCUCAUGGAUGGCUUUGAGGGACCACAAGGCUACAGUGAAUGUUUUGGACUGCAUCAUGUCAACUUUGACCUGCCAGACAGACCCAGGACACCAAAGCAGUCUGCCUAUUUUUACUCCAAACUUAUUGAGGACAAUGGCUUCGGUCCAGCAAGACAACGCUUUAAGACACAUGCCUUGAAAAAAUACGACAGCCAUAAGUUACCUUCUCUGCCCGCAUCUAAAGUCCCAUCUGAAGCAAGCGUUGUAUGGAGGAAUUUCUCAAGCCAAACGAUAUUCCAGCGCAAACUCUACCACUAUGGAACCUUCUCCAAAGGAUUCCACUGGGGAGUAGGAUCCUCCGCCUAUCAGGUUGAAGGUGGCUGGAAUGCUGAUGGGAAGGGGCCCAGUGUUUGGGACACAUUCUCCCAGAAACCAGGCAAUAUUCCGGAUAAUGCUAAUGGAAAUGUAGCCUGUGACAGCUAUCACAGACUGGAAGAAGACAUUUACAUGCUCAGAGCUCUUAAAGUGAAGUCCUACAGGUUCUCUCUAUCCUGGUCCAGGAUUUUCCCAAAUGGACACCGUGCCUCCCUGAACCAGAAGGGUGUAGACUACUACAACAGAAUCAUCAAUGGCCUUGUAGAACACAACAUCACACCUAUGGUAACAAUCUUCCACUGGGACCUCCCCCAAGCUUUGCAGAACAUAAAUGGUUGGGACAAUGCGAGUAUGAUUGAAACCUACAAUGAAUUCUGUGACUUCUGCUUUGCCACAUUUGGAGACAGAGUGAAGUUCUGGAUGACCUUCAACCAGCCUCAUACAAUUGCAUGGUCAGGAUACGGACUUGGGCAGGUCCCACCAAAUGUUAAAAAUCCAGGGGAUGCACCAUACAGAGUGGCUCACAACCUUCUUAAAGCACAUGCUAAAGCCUAUCACACCUAUGAUGACAAGUAUCGAAAAUCCCAGGGUGGUCUGGUAUCUAUAGCCCUCAAUGCUGAUUGGAUUGAACCUAAAGAUGUCUUGGUCCCACGGGAAGUAAUGGCUGCAGAUCGUGCUCUCCAGUUCCAACUUGGCUGGUUUGCACACCCUAUUUUCAAAAACGGGGAUUACCCUGAUGCAAUGAAAUGGCAAGUUGGAAACAAGAGUGAAAUUCAAGGUCUUUCAGCGUCCAGACUUCCUUCGUUUACUGAGGAAGACAAGGCAUACAUCAGGGGAACUGCAGAUGUCUUCAGUAUAAACCACCACACUACCAAGAUAGUGCGCCAUGUCACACCUAAGCUCAGUCCUCCGUCCUAUGAAUUUGAUCGAGAUAUAGUUGAGGAAGAGGACAGUGAUUCCCCAAGCACUGCGAUCAGUAAACAGAGAGCUGUUGCAUGGGGACUCAGAAGACUCCUUAUUUGGAUCAAGGAGGAGUAUGGAGACCCAGAGAUUUACAUUACAGACAAUGGAGUAGCUACUGACACCAAGUCCACCGUUGAUGAUACAGGCAGGGUAUUCUACUACAAAACAUACAUUGAUGAGGUUCUGAAAGCACAUAAUUUGGACGGUGUGAAGGUCAGAGGAUACAUAACAUCUCUAAUGGAUUCCUUCGAGUGGCUCAAUGGGUACAAAGUAGGAUUUGGAAUCCAUCACGUGGACUUCAUGAAACCAAACCGACCAAGGACACCAAAACUCUCAGCUCAUUACUACUUUCAAAUCAUAAAGGACAACGGCUUCCCACUACCAGAUGAUGAGAAAACCCUUUAUGGACAUUUCCCCAAAGAUUUCAUCUGGAGUACAGCAACAGCAUCAUACCAGAUUGAGGGAGGUUGGAGAGCUGACGGGAAAGGCCUCAGCAUAUGGGACAAGUUCGCCCACACCCCGCUCCGAGUGUUCAACGACGACACGGGGGACAUAGCUUGUGACAGCUACAACAAGGUAGAGGAAGAUGUGGCUAUGCUGAGGGAACUGAAGGUGACCCACUACCGUUUCUCCAUCUCCUGGACCAGAGUGCUCCCCGACGGCACCAACAAACACAUCAACGAGGCCGGGCUCAACUAUUACAACAGACUAGUGGAUGCAUUGCUAGCUGCUAACAUUCAACCACAUAUAACCUUGUACCACUGGGAUCUACCACAAGCUCUCCAGGACGAUGGGGGCUGGGAGAAUCCAACCAUCAUCGACCGAUUCAGGGACUAUGCAGACAUCAUGUUCAGCCGCCUUGGCCCCAAAGUCAAAUUUUGGAUCACCAUCAAUGAGCCCUACAAUAUAGCAAUGGUGGGACAUGGGUAUGGAGCAGCUGCACCAGGGAUCAGCUUCCGACCGGGCACCUUGCCCUACCUGGUGGGUCACAACCUGAUCAAGGCCCACGCUGAGGCCUGGCACCUCUACAACGACAAGUAUCGUGCCCAGCAGGGAGGCCUCAUCUCCAUAACCAUCAACUCUGACUGGUCCGAACCUAGAAACCCAUACAAGCAGGAGGACAUCGAUGCUGCCAGACGGGUGGUGCAGUUCUACAUCGGCUGGUUCGCCCAUCCUAUAUUCAAUGGUGACUACAGCGAUGUGAUGAAGACGAUUAUCCGUGACAGAAGCUUAGCCGCUGGCCUUUCCAAGUCUAGAUUACCAGAGUUCACUCCUGAGGAGAUCAAGAGGACGAAGGGAACCCAUGACUACUUUGGUUUUAACCAUUACACAACUGUCCUGGCGUUUCCCGUUGACUAUGGCGGCCUGCAGCACUAUGAUGCAGACAGGGGGGCUGGGACCAUUGCUGACCGAGCCUGGCUGGACUCAGGCUCAUCGUGGCUGAAGGUAUCCCCGUUUGGAUUCCGGAGGAUCCUUAACUUCAUUAUGGAAGAGUAUGGUAAUCCACCCAUCAUAGUCACAGAGAAUGGCAUGUCAGAAAGAGGAGAGGUUGAUCUGAACGACGGCCACAGGAGCUACUACUAUGAGAAGUACAUCAACCAGCUUCUGAAAGCUCGCCUGCUUGAUGGCAUCGAUAUCCGGGGCUACACAGCAUGGUCACUGAUGGACAAUCUAGAGUGGGCAACAGGGUUCUCGGAAAGAUUUGGCCUGUUCUAUGUCAACCACUCUGACCCCAACCUCUCUCGUGUGGCUAAAAGCUCUGUUGCCUACUACUCCUCCAUCAUCUCCUGUAAUGGCUUCCCUGACCCCGCCUCUGGGCCCCAUGAAUGUUUAAAACCAGGACCCGAAGCAACCGUACCUCCUCCGCUGGACUACUCGGUCAGCUUCUUGGGCAUGGAGCUCUCCCCUGGCGAUGCCGAGACUGGACUAUACGCUACAUUCAGUCUGCUCAUCUUCGCCAUGCUAGGGGCUGUCUCUGUCUCCUUCUGGCUUGUGAGGUCCAGAAAACAGUUAGAUGAUCCUUCAUUAAGCCUUUAAAAUACUAAGGUCUAUAUCAUACAAUGAACUAUAGUACUGUACUACACACUAUAAACAAUAACUGCUCCCUUUGCAGAAAAAUCACUUGAAAGAUAUGGCAAUUGUUUCUUAUUGUGUCCUAUGUAAUCAUUGUAUUCAUCAUAUUUUUCAAUAAUAUAUACAAUAAAGCUUUCAACAAAUCA